AUGGAUGUAGAAGGUUACUAGAAUAAAUUUAAGACUCAAGGCUAUUCUAUUGGUUAAAAGAAAGCUAUAAUCUUGAAUGAAAGCGUGUCCUACGAUAAAGAUAAUAACAAAAACAAACAGUAAAUAAAGAAUUGCUGUUUCAAAAGAAUAAGAAAAAAUGCUAAAUAUGAGGGAAUAAAAAUAAUUUAAACAAUAGGAAAAAGAUAUCUGCUUACAAGCAAUGAAGUUAGGUGCAAAUUCAGAUAUAUUUCUUUGAAGAAAUUUCAACUAAAAACAAAAAGCAUCGAUGAUUAUGUUUCAAGCUUUUUUGAAACAACGUUUGAGAAAACUUUUCUGAAGAACUUUAAGACUUUAAAUUUUUCUAAGCAUGAUUAAAGAGAAUCUCAUGAAAUUGCUCAAACAUUUAAAUCUAAUACUAGUGCAUUUUCUAAAAAAUAAACUGAUUAAGAUAGAAUAACCUAAUGCAUCAAAUUUGAGCAAUAAGAAUCCUAAAAAAAACCCAGCUCGUUGGGCUAAUAUUAAGAGUCAAAUAUUCACUAAAUGGUUCAGUAAUAAAUUGUGGAUUUGAACUACUAAUCUUCUAUUUCUUGUGAAAUAGAAGAAUAAUCUUACUUGAGCAAUACAAAGACAAACCUUAGAAGUUAAGCAAGCAAUCUCAAUAAUAGUGAUGAUGGCUAUUUUGGUAAAAGAAAGAACUCAGAAGAGACUCAGUACGAAUUAGUUAUACAAACUAUGUUUAAUUAUCUUGAUCAGAUUAAAUAGAAUUUCAAAUAUUAAUUUUCUUUUACCGAUAAUCAUAUUAAUUAAGAUUAGGCUAAAGCUAAUAGCCUUUAUAACAACAAAUUAGGUAUUAUUGAUGAAUAGAUCUUAAAUCCUUAAAUGUAUUUAAACAAGGGUUUUGAGUCUUUUAUGCCUCCAAUUUAGUUAAAAUAAGACAAAUAAAAUAAAUUUAAAGAUCAUAUAAUUAAAAUAUUUAAUAGCUUUAUACUUAGAGGUAGAGAGAGAAGACAGAGCAGUAGCACAUCUCAAAGCAAUACUUAGGCUAGAGAAGAUCUUACAGCAUUAGAAUCUGAAAAAAUCAAAUAGAUAUAACUAUUAAAGGAAAAAAUAAGAAAAAAUAUCGACUCAUGUGCUUCAGACAAUGACGAAGAUUAAGAUGAUGAAGAUAGUGAAUAGUAUAUAAAUGAAAAAGAAAGUUGCCAAGUUAAUAACUCUGAUGAUAAAAUUAAUUAAUUAUCCACAAAUAAGCGAAUGCGCUUUUAAAUAAAUUUUGAAAAAUCUUAUAAUUAAGAUUAAGUUAAUUUAGAUGAAUUGCACUGCAAUAAACAAUCAGCUGCUGGUUAUCAGAUAAAUAAAAGCUAUCUAUCCACUGCAAUCAGCAAUACAGUCGUGCCCAAAAAUAUUACAGAUAACGAAAGCAACUUCUAGUUUUAAAAUACUGAAAAUAGCUAAGCAAAUGAAGAACAAAAGAAUGAAAGCUAAUAAAAAUUGUUAGAAAAAAUAAGAAAAAAUUCAAUUUCUUCUCCAUAACAGAAUAUGAGCUCAUAGUAAUCUAAGUACCACAACUUAAAAAACAGCUUUAUGCACUUAAUAAUUCAAAUUUUUACAAAAGAAGUGUUAAGCUGCUUUGAACUUCCCAUUUCUUAUCUGAAUUAUUCUUCUGAGGUUUUGGAAAGAAUGAAAAAUUAUUCAUUUAAAUACAGACCUGUUAAAGGAAGAUAUCAAUACUACUCAAAUAUACAUUAUUCUACUCUAUUUCUUAAGUUAAAUAAAAACACUCUAACAGAAAUUCAAUAAUGCGCACAUUAUAUUCAAUAUCAUAAAGUCUUUUUUAAUGAGGAUCUUUCAAACUGCUAAAAAGAAAGUGAUUUUGAAGUAAUUAAAUGCAAUUUCUAUAAAAUAUUUAUUGGGUAAAUUGUCCUAUUUACAUUACAAAAUGCAGAAGAUAUUUUAUUAAAUGAAAUCGAUAUAAAAAAUAAUUAAAACUAUCUAGACAGUAGUCGUUUCAAUUACAUCAGCAAAGUAAAAAAGGGAAUAUAAAAGCUUCAGAGAGCUAAGCAUGCUAUAAGGUUUUGAAAAGAAAAAAAAAACAUUAUUUCACUCACUAUUAUUCUUUUUAGAGUAUAAUUUUUCAUACACUCUAUUACUCUCUCUCUCUUUCAAUGACUUACUGACUUAAAAAGAAGACUUAGCUAAAUAUGUCAAUAAAGUUGUGGCCAGAAAACCACUGCUUAAAAUUUAUAAUUUUUAUACAAGUUAAAUAAAAAAUUUCUUCAUAAAACAUUAUUUACUAAUUAUUAGUACAACUCUUUCUAACCAAUAUCAAUUAAUCAAAUAAUAGACCAGCGGAUUUUAAAGUAGACAAUCGAUAAGCUUAUAUUGCUAAUUUAUUAUAUAUUUAAUUAAUUUAUUAAUUAUGAAAAAGCAUGUUUUCUUUACUAGCACAAAUUCUAAUUAACAAACUCAAUAUUUUAAGAGCUAAAUGUUUGCUUUGUUUAUUUUUAAUAACAAUUACAAAAUUUUUAAAGCCAUAUUUUUAUACUAGCCAUAAUUAUAGUAAAUAAAUGAAUUAAUAAAUUGUAAUGAUAUAUUUGUUAAUUAAUUAUAUUUAUAACUAAAUUAGCUAAUUGCAUCAAAAUGUUUCUAUUAUUUAUUAUAUUUAUAAUGAAAAUACUUAUAUAUGCUCAUUGAACAGUGCUA